AUGUCGGAUGAACUUCAACAACAAUUGGCAAAUAGCAGUUUGUACGAUGCGGAAUCCCUGAAGGCGUUCAACCAGAUGUACACCUCCGCAAACAAUCCGUAUGCUGUUGGAGGGGCAGGAGUUGUUCAUGGCUUUGAUAAGAGCUACUACGAACGUCGCGCUCGGAACAACAAGGCCGCUCAAAAAUCACGAGAGGCUCGAAAGAAAAUAGACGCUGAAAAUAGUCAUCGAGUCAAUCAAUUGGAAAUGGAAAAUAACCAUCUCAAAGCCUACAUUUACAAAUUAUACCAAGAAAACAUGAUGAUGAAGAAUCAACUGGUCCAGCACUAUCCGGGCGUCGUGGACCCGGCCGCCGCUAGUAUGCCUGGAUUUUAG